GCCGGCGGGACGCGGCGGCGGUGCUGCCCUCGCUUCUUUGUGCUCGGACGGCGGCGGCGGCCUCUCGGGUCCUCGCUGGCGCGUCUUCUCUGCUCGCCAGCCCGCGCUCUCCGGUGACAGACCAUGUCGGCGGCGGGAGCGGGCGCGGGCGUGGAGGCGGGCUUCUCCAGCGAGGAGCUGCUGUCGCUCCGCUUCCCGCUGCACCGCGCCUGCCGCGACGGGGACCUGGCCACGCUCUGCUCGCUGCUGCAGCACACGCCGCGCGCCCACCUGGCCGCCGAGGACUCCUUCUACGGGUGGACGCCCGUGCACUGGGCCGCGCACUUCGGCAAGUUGGAGUGCUUAAUACAGUUAGUGAGAGCUGGAGCCACACUGGAUGUCUCCACCACCCGUUACGCACAGACCCCAGCCCACAUCGCCGCUUUUGGGGGACAUCCUCAGUGCCUCGUCUGGUUGAUCCAAGCAGGAGCCAGCAUUAACAAACCGGACUGUGAGGGCGAGACUCCUAUUCACAAGGCGGCUCGCUCUGGGAGCCUGGACUGCAUUAGUGCCCUGGCGGCUAACGGGGCUCAUGCCGACCUGAGAAAUGCCAGUGGCCUGACGGCAGCAGACAUUGCUCAAACCCAGGGUUUCCAAGAGUGUACCCAGUUUCUCUUGAACCUCCAGAAUUGUCAUCUGAAUCCUUUCUAUAACAGUGGCCCCUUAAAUGGGGGCCAUCCGAAUGUAUUUCCUAAUCACAUUAGUGUGGGAACAAAUCGCAAGAGAUGCUUGGAAGAAUCGGAACCCUUUGGAGUAAAGAAAGCUAGAACCACAGCUCAAAGCUCGGAUGACCCCAUGCCGCUCCUGAAUGGCGAGGCGGAAGACGAUGCUGACAGCAUGCACGUCGAUAGAGAGUUUGUAACAGAUACGAAAAACAGUAGCUCCGUAUCGAAUACACUGACAAAUGGAUGUCUCAUCAAUGGCCAUGUGGACUUCCCCUCCACGACACAGCUCAGUGGGCUGGAGAGCGGGAGUGACCGGUGCUUAACAGGACCUAAUGGAAUUGGCGGUGGAGUAGUUCCAGGACCGCCGUUUCCGAGCAGCCAGGGUUCUCCCUGUGUUAAUGGGACUGAAGAGCCAGAAAAGGCCACGGGCGUUAACCCUGAGAUGUGCGGCUCUCUGCACCUGAACGGGAGUCCAAGUAGCUGCAUAGCCAGCAGGCCUUCCUGGGUGGAAGAUAUCGGGGAGAACCUUCACUACGGACACUACCACGGGUUUGGGGACACUGCCGAAAGCAUCCCUGAGCUGAACAGUGUGAUAGAGCACUCCAACUCCGUGAAGGUGGAGGAGGGGUACGACAGCGCCGUCCUGGGCACCAUGCACCUGUUCCACGGCUCUUAGGGCCGAGGCCGCCUCCUGGACACAUCAGGCCUCCUGCUAACCACCUCCGGAUACUAGUGUAGCAUCAACUUGAAGGAAUGCCACGACCUGUACUAUUUUUUUAUACUUCAGCUUUCUGGAAAAGUGCACUCUUAUUUGGCAGGUUCUCGUUGAGUCCUAGCAUGAGUACAAGCAGGCUUACUUAGCGCACAGGUGUCUCUCCGUGGCACAGUGGGCCUCUUUCAGGAUGCACUUUUGAAAUUUAAUUUUUCUGCUGCCAAUCUCAGUAUUUUCUUUUGAAUACCAUCACCAUAAAUUGCCAUUUUUCCUUACGUCAAAUUAAAUUGUGUCUGAUCAGGAUAAAUUGCAGACAGUAAAUGAGGUGCCUGGUAAUUUACCCUUUGCACAUGGGCAUCAUUUUGACGAGCUUGCUUUUACUCCUUCCAGUAGAAUUUUUGACAGAGGACAACUCUUUCCCUAUGCAAGGUACAGCCUUACAAAGAUUUCUUGCAGUGAAGUGUAUGAAGAAAAGAACGUUUGUCUUUUUCAAAGUCUUCUCAUUGAAACUUUGCUACGUGCCGUGUGGUGAAGGUCUUACUUGUAGGCACACGUAUUGGUUUGGGGACGUGAGUGGUCCCUUCUUUAAUGGUGUAGCUCACUGCCCUGGAUUUCACUGAAAGCACCUGCAGCCUGGGACUGACUUCUGAUUUGAUGUGUUUUUAUUCCACAUUUCCUACUUGGACUCUAGGAUUUUUACCACAGAUAAUGGUUUCCCUUAUAUGUAGUGGAAGUUACUCUUUGUAGGGGACUGUCAGGUCAAAAUAUUUAACUGACUCUUUUGACUCAUAUUUUCUUUUUUCCUUGUUUUUGUUUUUUGGGGUUUUCUGCUUUAAAAUAUAUACCACUAUGUAUAUCCAGUUAACUGAGGGAAUUUUGAAUCUCUCUUAAUAAAGCUGCAUUAAGUUUAUGGUUUUAUAGAAAUUAGCUUUUGUUUAGGCAACUAGUGGUCACACUGUGCAAAUAUUGUCAUGAAUUUUUACUUUUCUGAUUUUUGUAAUAAAAAUUGGUGAAGAUAGAGGAUGUGUCAGAUGAACAAAACCAAUGUUCUCAGAGUGUUACUAACCUUUUGUUUUUAAAUUGUCCUUUACACAUGGAAUAAACAGACGCUCACACCCGAUGUGUCUCUGGGUAUGCUUCCCUGCGUGAGGGUGGUCCGUGGGGGGACUGGAGGGAUAGGCUUUUACUGCUGCCUUUCAUUUUGCUUGUAAGACUCCAUUUACUCCUCUGACCCUCCCGUGUAGUCCUUUUCACCACUUUUGGUCUGUUCACAUGCUCUAAUUUUAUGAACACGUUGUCUCACUGGAUCUCUCUUGCGGGUAGGGGGAGGUAUAAAUUGCUGUCAGCUAACAGUAUUGUCCCUGCAUGCUUAUUUUCAUAAAAGACCACAACCAUAGUUUCCUAAACUUCUUAGGGCCAGCACGUAUUAAUAAAUGUAAGCCUUUUAAGUAUAUAAAUUAUAGUUAUUAACGGCAACAGAAUAGCCAUUCUGGCAUGCCUAGUAUGUUAUUUAAAACGUUUGUUUUUUGUACAUUGUGGAAAAACCUACUAGACCAAACGAAGGAGCACGAGCCUUUGGAAGUGUCACAAAAAUUACUCUGUGCUGAGAGCAGAAGUCAGAGAACAUCUGCCGUGUCACCUCCGCCUUCUCCCGUGCAGGGUCAGUCGUCACGCCCGGACGCAGGCGACCUCGGAAACCUUUUUAAGGGACUGAUCAUGAAGCCACCCAAGUGGCUGAGUUUCAAGACAGGAAACCUAAUGCCGUUCCCUCAUUCCCGCGUGGACUAUAUUUGAAAGUAUCUCAGAGACUUCACGGUGAACUCAUAUUUGCUGGAAAACAUUAAAUGAAUCUCUUAAAAUACGCUGAAGAUCAGAACAUUUGGUUAGCCAUGGAAUUGGGGAGACGAUGACUGCUUCUUGGGGAUAAGAACAUUGCAUAGGGGCUUCCCUGGUGGUGCAGUGGUUAAGCGUCCGCCUGCCAAUGCAGGGGACACGGCUUCGAGCCCUGGUCCGGGAAGAUCCCACAUGCCGCGGAGCAACUCAGCCCGUGCGCCACAACUACUGAGCCUGCGCUCUAGAGCCCACGAGCCACAACUGCUGAGCCAGCACACCACAACUACUGAAGCCCGCGUGCCUAGAGCCCGUGCUCCGCAACAAGAGAAGCCACCGCAAUGAGAAGCCCGCGCACCGCAUCGAAGAGUAGCCCCCGCUCGCCGCAGCUAGAGAAAGCCCACGUGCAACAACAAAGACCCGAUGCAACCAAAAAUAAAUAAAUAAAUUUAUUUUU